UCGGUCCCACCAGAGGGUCAUCAGAUACCUCUGAGAGCUGAGGCAACUGAGGGGGGGCAUUUUGAUACAAGUUCAUAUUUAAUCUUCCUAAUCUUUGAUUGUUUUGUGAAGGAUUGGAUGAUUUUACCUCUUGCUGCUGUGAUGUGAGCAGUUUAAAGGGAAAAAAAAAAAUCAUUAGAAACUAAAGUACAAUGUUUGACUCUACAGUGCAGUGGAGUAGGUUUUUUUUUGGUGUAAUCUGGUAUUUCUGACUUCUCAGUGACAUGUGGGCAGUUGGUGGACAUUUUGCACUGAACAGAAACUCAUGAAAUGUCAUAAAAAAUAAAAAACAUGUCUUUCAAGCAUACAGUACACACUGUACAUACUGUUUCAUGGAGACAUAAAGCUGAUUCUACCUGCGGAAUGUUAGAACGUGUGACUGUCAAAGACUUUAGAACUCUGUGAUGUCACAAAGGCCUGCAGGGUUCAGAUCAGUCCGUUCUGCGGUUCUGCUCUCACUUUGUUCGAGUGAGUUUCAGCACGAGGACAAACCUUUCAGACAUUUCAGUUUCGACACGGUGAACGAGACACGGAGAAACACCAAGCAACAAGAUGUCUAUGAAUUACAGGGAGAAAGUUCAAUCUUUGACAUCCUCCUCAGAUGACGACUCUCUUGUUAUUUUGGACACCCUGGCCUCCCCCUCCUCCAAAUACUUCGUGAAGUCUAUUUUGGGGGAGGGCAGCUUUGGAACCGUCACCAAGUGCAUAAAGGCAGCCACAAAAGGAACGGUGGCUGUGAAGAUAAUGAAGAAAAGAAGUUUAACGUCCGAGGCGCAGAAUGAGAUGGCCAUCCUUGAAUACCUGAGAGCUUUCGACUCAGACAGAUUCAACUUUGUCAAGUGGACUGAUAGCUUCAUUGACCGAGAGCACGUUUGCAUAGAGUUUGAACUGCUCGACAUAAGUCUGUUCGAUUUCAUGCGGAAGAAACAUACCUGCUGUCUCUCUGUGAACGAAAUACGUCCUAUCUUAUACCAGGUGGCUACAACUCUAGAAUUCCUGAGGAACCUCGGACUUGUUCACACCGACCUCAAACCAAACAACAUCAUGAUGGUGGACCAUGUAAACCAGCCACUGAAGGUUAAAAUGAUCGACUUUGGCUUAGCUCGUCACGUCUCACAGUCACAGAGGGGCUCGUAUCUCCAGCCACGCUAUUACAGGUCUCCAGAGGUCAUCCUUGGACUUCCCUACACAACAGCCAUUGACAUCUGGUCUUUGGGCUGCAUCGCUGCAGAGCUUUUCUUGGGCAAUGUCUUGUACCCCGGGGACAGUGAAUAUGACAUGUUACGACAUAUUACGCAGACUCAGGGUCAGCUGCCACAGGAACUUCUCAACAAUGGACUAAAAACCGAGUGGUUUUUUCGGAGGAAGAUGUAUCGUCAACGUCAGUGGACAUUAAAGACACCAUUCGAGUAUGGACGCGCAGUUUUUACUGAGACUCAUUUCAACUCCCUGGAUGAUCUAAAUAAGGUAAAGCCAGUCUGCCAUCUGUCAGAUGAGGACAACAGGGCAGAAAUCACAGACAGGGAGACCUUUGUAGAUCUGCUGAAGAAGAUGCUGCAGCUGGAUGUCAGCAAAAGGAUAACACCCAGUCAGAUUCUUGAGGAUCUAUUCAUCACCAUGACUGACCUUGCAGCCAGCUACCCCAACAGCCUCUAUUCAAGAGAUUCAAACACAUAUGAUCUAUGCAGAACACCAGGCACUGGCUCACCAAAGAGGAAGAGGAUGAGGAUGGACCCUCUUCACGACUCGAAAGAGACUCCAUUUGAGGUUCAAGCCUGUGUGGACGACGUUAAACCUCAAAAGAAAAGGAAGCGGGACACUUUCACAGACUCACAUCUUGGCUCACCCAGAAGUCCAGACAACUCCUCACCAAAGAGGAAGAGGAUGAGGAUGGACCCUCUUCACGACUCGAAAGAGACUCCAUUUGAGGUUCAAGCCUGUGUGGACGACGUUAAACCUCAAAAGAAAAGGAAGCGGGACACUUUCACAGACUCACAUCUUGGCUCACCCAGAAGUCCAGACAACUCCUCACCAAAGAGGAAGAGGAUGAGGAUGGACCCUCUUCACGACUCGAAAGAGACUCCAUUUGAGGUUCAAGUAGUUUGGUGA